GGUUUCAUUGUUAGUUUGCUCCAAAAGAAAAGCAAAUUAAAGCAAACACUUUCUCUUACUUUAACAAUGGGGAAUCUACUUCUGUUCCAUGAUAUACACUUUUAUUAAUCAAUCUUUAAAUCAUGAAUUAUUAACGUUGCUCUCAAUUUUUGUCGCGUUAUUCUUUCUUAUAUGUGUUUCACAUUGCAUUUUUUAGAUUUUACAAUAUAAUAAAAUCCAUUACCAUCCCUCCAACGUCAAUCAUAAUUCUUUUCUUUUUUUAUACAUGCCAUUGCCAUUCUUGUGAAACCAAAAACUUUUUCUUCCACAUUCACUUUCUGUUCUCCCUUUUGCAUUCUUUAUUAAAUUUUUCCCAACUGGUUCCGCUUGUAUACCCUUCUCAACCCCCCCAACUCUUUCCAUACACUUCUACUUGGAAAACUUUUUUAAUGGCUUCUUCAGUACUAAUGAGUUGCAUCUUCAAUCUGUUGCUCGCUCUACUUUCGGGAGAAAUUGGAUUCUGUUAUUCUUCUAAGGCUUAUGUGGUUUAUAUGGGAAGUAAAGGUACUGAAGAGCACCCAGAUGACAUUCUCUCCCAAAACCACCAAAUUCUCGCUUCCGUUCAUGGGGGGAGCAUUGAGCAAGCGCGGACCUCUCACCUUUAUAGCUACAGCCAUGGAUUCAAGGGCUUUGCCGCCAAGUUGACGGACCACCAAGCUUCUCAGAUUGCUAAGAUGCCUGGGGUGGUCUCUGUUUUCCCCAAUUUGAAACGGAAGCUACACACCACUCACUCGUGGGAUUUCAUGGGUCUUGUGGGUGAAGAAACUAUGGAGAUUCCUGGGUAUUCCACCAAAAACCAAGUGAACAUUAUAAUUGGUUUCAUAGAUACAGGAAUUUGGCCUGAAUCUCCAAGUUUUAGUGAUGAUGACAUGCCUCCAGUACCACCCAGAUGGAAGGGGCAAUGCCAAUCAGGAGAAGCUUUCAAUUCUUCAUCUUGCAACAGGAAAGUGAUUGGAGCAAGAUACUAUAGGAGUGGUUAUGAAGCUGAAGAAGAUUCAGCCAAUCUAAUGUCAUUUAUAUCUCCAAGGGACAGCUCUGGUCAUGGCACCCACACUGCAUCAACUGCUGCUGGUCGCUAUGUGGCAAGUAUGAAUUACAAAGGUUUGGCAGCUGGCGGAGCCAGAGGUGGGGCACCAAUGGCCAGAGUUGCAGUUUACAAGACUUGUUGGGACUCUGGUUGCUAUGAUAUUGAUUUAUUAGCUGCAUUCGAUGAUGCAAUCAGAGAUGGGGUUCAUAUCUUGUCUUUGUCUCUGGGUCCAGAUGCCCCCCAGGGAGAUUAUUUCAAUGAUGCCAUCUCUAUUGGGUCAUUUCAUGCUGCUAGCCGUGGAAUCUUAGUAGUUGCUUCAGCUGGAAAUGAAGGAAGUCAAGGUUCUGCAACAAAUCUUGCACCAUGGAUGAUCACCGUUGCUGCCAGUUCAACAGAUAGGGACCUUGCAUCUGAUAUUAUUCUAGGAAAUGCUGCUAAAUUUUCGGGUGAAAGUCUAAGUCUCUUUGAAAUGAAUGCCACUGCACGUAUUAUCUCUGCCUCGCAAGCGUAUGCUGGAUACUUCACUCCUUAUCAAUCCAGUUUUUGUUUAGAGAGUUCCUUAAAUAAGACCAAAGCAAGAGGUAAAGUCCUUGUCUGUCGACAUGCUGAGAGUUCGACAGAUUCAAAGCUGGCAAAGAGCAGUAUAGUGAAAGAAGCUGGUGGAGUCGGGAUGGUCCUCAUUGAUGAGACAGAUCAAGAUGUUGCAAUUCCCUUUAUAAUUCCCUCAGCAAUUGUUGGAAAGGAUAUAGGGAAGAAGAUUCUAUCCUAUAUUAUUAAUACGCGAAAGCCAGUAGCAAAAAUAUCCCGUGCAAAGACAAUUUUGGGAUCUCAACCCGCACCUCGUAUUGCAGCAUUUUCUUCGAAAGGACCUAAUGCUUUGACCCCUGAAAUUUUGAAGCCUGAUGUUACAGCUCCUGGACUAAACAUCCUAGCUGCGUGGUCUCCAGCUGUUGGGAAAAUGCAAUUUAACAUUCUUUCUGGCACUUCCAUGGCUUGCCCACAUGUAACAGGAAUAGCAGCCUUGAUCAAAGCUGUUAAUCCUUCAUGGUCUCCAUCUGCCAUAAAAUCUGCCAUCAUGACUACUGCUACCAUUCUUGAUAAGAACCGUAAACCCAUUACAGUGGAUCCUAGAGGAAGAAGGGGUAAUGCAUUUGAUUAUGGAUCAGGUUUUGUUAACCCAACAAGAGUCCUUGAUCCUGGUCUUAUCUAUGAUGCAUACACAACAGAUUAUAAAUCUUUUCUCUGUUCAAUUGGCUACGAUGACAAAUCACUGCACUUGGUCACUAGAGACAACAGCACAUGUAAUCAGACAUUUGCAACAGCUUCCAGCCUGAAUUAUCCUUCCAUUACCAUCCCAAAUCUCAAAGAUUACUUCUCUGUUACUCGAACAGUGACGAAUGUUGGCAAACCAAGAAGCAUCUUUAAAGCUGUAGUUUCUAAUCCUAUUGGUAUAAAUGUUACUGUUGUGCCAAAGCGACUAGUCUUUGACAGCUAUGGCCAGAAGAUCACAUUCACUGUGAAUUUCAAGGUGACAGCUCCAUCAAAGGGUUAUGCAUUUGGUAUUUUGUCAUGGAGGAAUAGAAAUACAUGGGUCACCAGUCCUCUAGUUGUCCGCGUAGCAUCUUCUUCUAUGGGGCUGAUGAAGUAAGGUGGCAUAAUUUGUAUAUAUUGGUUUAGGAAUUUGAAGAUCCUGACGAUGGUAGACAAAACCAGUAAUAUAAACAAGUUCGUAAAUCAACCGUAAGUAACCAUUACAUACCUGAACUACACAAGCCCCAGAAUUGUGAAGAUUACUUGUUAUACUGAUAGCAGAAAUUGUCAAUACAUAUUAAAUCAAUUAUUCUUUUUAUUCUUCUAAUUGUAUUGUUUUCCGCGCAGCUUUCUUUCCAAUUCAUACUUUCUGAAUAUUUUAAUGAUCAGCGUAUUUAAUUUUUUUGUUGUGAUUA